AUGGAUGAAUCGAGGAAUACGCCUGGGACUAGAGCGUACCCCAGAAGCGACGCGCAGGGUCCUCGCCCGUACCCGGUGAGAAAUGGACAAGGGCUACCCUCGAAUGGGCCAAGAGGGCUAAAGAAGCUAGUCCAACUAAAGGAGAGAAUUCUAAAAGUGGCCACACUGAGCGUGGGAACUAUGACAGGGAAACGACAUAUAAUAGUGAGAAUGAUGGAGGAAAAGAACACAGAGGUGUUGUGCGUGCUGGAAACGAGGCGGGCAAGUAGCAAAGCUCUGGAAAUCAGCAAAGGUUACAAGCCCUUUUAUAAUGGAACUGUAAAUACUAGAAAUGGUGUGGGCAUAAUACUCUGCCUUGAGCUGAAAGACAAAGUGGUUAGUGUGAAUAGAAAGAUUGAUCGCACUAUGUCAGUAACAAUCGACAUCGAAGGAGAAUGUUGGGCCAUGGUCUCCAGUUAUGCACCUCAGGUGGGAUGCGAAGAUGAGAAGUUGAGUUUCUGGAGGGACUUGGGCAGUGUUGUGCAAGGGAUAGAAGAUGGUGAGAGAAUAGUGAUUGCAGGGGGUCUGAACGGACGGUAUGAAGGUGUACACGGUGGACAUGGUAUCGGCAAUGUUAACCAAGAAGGUAUUGCAAUACUGGACUUUGCAACCGCAUAUGAAAUGAAGUUGGUAAAUACCAUGUUCACUAAGAUUCCAAACCACCUAUUGACUUACAAUAGUGGAGGCCACCAAAGUCAAAUAGGCUACAUAAUGGUCCAGAAGAAGUUUGUUAAGGAAGUAAUUGACUGUAAAACGCUGCCACUGGAGCAAGUCACAGCGCAGCACAGAACAUUGAAGGUGGGAAAAGAAACCUGGUGGUGGAAUGUGGAGACAGAAAAGGCAGUUUUGGAAAAGAAAAAUGCACGAAAGAGGUGGAAAACAUCGGGAAGAAAUGAGGACAAGGAAGAACAUAAAAGAGUGAACAGAACUACAAAGAAGAUUGUAGCAAGAGAACAAAGAAAAGCAAUGGAUGAUUUAUAUGAGAAUUUGAACUCCACAGAAGGACAAAAAGACAUCUUCAGAUUUGCUGCAGAAAGGGACAAGAAGACGGAAGAUAUUGGACAAGUGGUGACAGUUAAGAGUGAAGAUAGAAGGAUACUAAAGGAUGAGGAGGAUAUCAAGAACAGAUGGAAGUGCAAGGCCCCUUUAGAGAGAUAA